UAUUUCGUUUUCCUCUGCAAAACACACUGAAAUAGUUUGAGCCGUCAACGGCAAAAACCGCCGACAGGUUGAGUCCUACCUGAAUCCUGUCUUCUUCUUCAUCUCUCUCUCGCACGCCGAUCACAGAAGCACCGGAUUCUCUCGGUUUCCUGAUUAUGACAACCUGUGCGUCGUCUGUGUUCGAAUCCCAUGUUCCCGUGAUUGGAUCUAAGAAGCUUCAGCCGUCGCUUACUGUUCUCCAUAUGUUCAUACCUUGGUUACUCCUCUUGCGUUUUAGGACACUUGUGUGAUGCGAUCUUGUGGGUCAACGGCGUAAAGGCAUAUUGAAGCAGAAGCAUACAGUAACCAGCUGGCCGUCUCAUACUUAUAGAAUGCUCUAUAUGGUAGUGCGCUACUCAGGAUGAAUUUAUCUAACAGCUCUCAGCAGAAGAAGACUUCCCAUAGCAGGGGCAAAUCUACUGGUUGGGCUGCCUUUGAUCUAAAGCAUCGACAAGGACAUGGUCUUGAAUCUGAAAUUGAACAUGAUCCUUUCCCACCAAUAGCAAGAGCAAUUGUCUUGCCGAACCCCUGUCAAAAUCUUGCCGGGAACUAUAACUCUUAUAAGAAGCCUUUCUCGGCAGUUCUCCGGUCUUCCGUAGAUUUUCCAGGUUUGGAACACAAUGGAAAUGAAGAGAAACAACUGCCUUCUGAUGAUUCCAGUAAUGUACAAGGUACCAGUAAGGAGUUGGUACAAGAGAGCCGCACAGCGGAACUUAAGAAGCUGAAGGAACUUCAUUCUUGGGCUGAGAACGAGUUGGUUGUGGAUAUUGUUGAAGCUCUCGACAGUGAUUUUAUAAAGGCCUCGACUUUGCUGGACGGUAUGCUAUCUGCUGGGCUCUUCGAAGGAGAUAAAGAACGCAAAAGGGCAAAACAAAAUACUUUUUCUUGGGAUUCUUCCCAUGAUGAGUUAAUGAGGAACAGAGAUUUUUCUUCAGGGAAGAAUGUGGACUUUUCUGAUGGCACUGACACUCUCAACAAUGACUUUAACAGUGUCAACAAAUACGUGAUUGAUGAAAAUCCUUUAAGGGAAAAAAUUUGUGAUGAUUCCACCGGAACAAGGUCUAUUAUGGCCCAUUUGAACUCUUUGCCUCUUGAGCUGGAGUGGGAGGAGGAGGAGGACGAUGUUUACUUGAGAUUCAGGAAGGAUGCAAUACGAGUUUUGAGAUCAGCAUCUCAGCACUCAAGGGCUGCACAAAAUGCCUUUUUAAGAGGUGAUCAUUCUUCUGCACAGCAUCACUCUCUAAAGGCUCGGGAGGAAUGGUUGGUUGCUGAAAGACUCAAUGACGGUGCAGCCAAGGAAAUCUUAAGUAUCAGGAAUAGAAACAACGAUAUAUGGACGUUGGACUUGCAUGGUCUUCAUAAAACCGAAGCUGUUCAAGCCUUGAAAGAACGUCUGCGAAAACUCGAAUUGCAGGUGUCAUCAAAUCGAUCAGUUUCUACAAAGAGACUUCAUCAGAAGAAUGGAGUUGCUGGAUCUUCAUCAGUUGACAAGGAGAAGCUAGAUAAUCCACAAUCAGGACAAAGACCUUUAUCAUUGCAAGUCAUAACAGGUGUAGGCAACCAUAGCCGAAUGCAGGCUUCACUACCAAUAGCAGUGAGAAAUUUCCUUAAUGAAGACGGGUACCGCUUUGAUGAUAUAAGGCCAGGGGUAAUAACUGUACGGCUGAAGUUCCGACAGAAUUGAGUAAAGCUUUAUCAUGGCUGCUCAUGAUAGUUUUCCUUUCUGUACUAUAUGUAAAUGAAUAGUUGGUGGAAGGAUCUCUCCAGUCAUCCACUGUUUUCUGUGUUUCUUGGUGCAGGCUAGUAGUUCAUCUCACGAAAUGGUGGCUAGAUUAAAUUUGAAACUAUGAAGUUUUGCCUAACGAAUCAGUUUGGCCGUGAGAGCCACAUGUUGUUGA